GCCCCCUCUCGGCACAGACUUGCAGUUUCGUCUUGCUUGCAACAAAGAGGGAUCUUCAGCUACCGUCCGCAGCGUUACACGGCCCGCGAGCAGCGCAGACAUGGUCAAGCUGGCCUUUAACUCGGCUCUGGCCCAGAAGGAGGCCAAGAAAGAGGAUGAGAACAGCGAGGUGCUCAUCAUCCCCGAGAGCAAGGAACCAGAAGAGUUUGUGCCAGUUGGACAGAGGCGGGCAUGGUGUUGGUGUAUGUGCUUCGGAUUAGCCUUCAUGCUGGCUGGAAUUGUUUUAGGUGGUGCCUAUCUCUAUAAAUAUUUCGUUCAGCAGCUCUAUUCACCGGGCAGCCCAUAUGCACAGCUAUUUAAUGCGGACUACCAAGAUCCAUCCGAGCGUGGGGUUUACUACUGUGGCAUGAGGUAUGAUGAUGAAAUGUCUCUCACUGGGUCAUACGCAGACACCCCUGUCCGCUACCACUCAUUCCAAGAACGUAUCGAGAUCCUCGAGGAGGAGGAAGUAGAGUUGAUCAGUGUGCCCGUCCCUGAAUUUGCCGACAGUGAUCCUGCUGACAUCGUUCAUGACUUUCACAGGAAACUGACUGCUUACCUCGAUCUCAAUCUCAACAAGUGCUAUGUCAUUCCUCUGAACACAUCAAUUGUAAUGCCACCUAAGAACUUCUUGGAGCUGCUUGUCAAUAUAAAGGCUGGAACUUACCUUCCUCAGUCCUAUUUGAUUCAUGAGCAGAUGGUGGUAACUGAUCGGAUUGAAAAUGUCAGUCAUUUGGGAUCCUUUAUAAAUCGUUUGUGCCGUGACAAGGAAACUUUCAAACUGCAGCGUAGAGACACUAUCAGAGGAAUCCAGAAACGAGAAGCUAUGAAUUGCCGCAGCAUCGUUCACUUUGAGAAUAGGUUUGCUGUGAAUACGCUCAUAUGCGAUGAAUAAAAAAAAUCCAAUGUGAA